UGUGGCCGGCCGGGGGCCUCCACCGCCCUGCACUUCGGCCCGCGACGUCGCACACUAGUCUAUAAAGGCACCCGGCGCCGCUGGCUCCACCAGUCGGCCUCCGCUCCCCGCCAAUAAUGCCCACUCACUGAUAAAUUCAUAAGCUUUAAACUCCGCGGAAAGUGAAGUUUCGAAACUCGAACACCCCACCGUUGUUUCUGCGCAUGCGUGCUCUGUGAUUGGUCCACAAUGAGUGAAAUGAGGAGCGCCAGUCGGUCAGCGUGCAACAGCAAGGGCACAAUGAUUGUGGUCUCCAACCGUUUGCCUUUUAUUUUGAAAAGAAAUGAGAAAACCGGCGAGCUGGAACGCAAAGCCAGCGCCGGUGGUCUCGUCACGGCGGUGGCUCCAGUAGUGAUCCGGGGCAAGGGCCUGUGGGUGGGCUGGCCCGGGAUCCACCUCGAGGACCCCAAUGAGAAGAUACCGGAGUCCGACCCCAAUGACAACACGCCCACCGCCGGACUUCUGUCUAGUAAAAUAGUUCCAAUCCACGCGGAGCCAGCUCUCUUCGACAGCUACUACAACGGCUGCUGCAACGGGACCUUCUGGCCGCUGUUCCACUCCAUGCCCGACCGGGCCACCUUCAACGCAGACCACUGGAGGGCCUACGUCAAGUGCAACGAGGAGUUUGCCAAGAAAACCAUCAAUGCACUACGCCUCUUGCAAGAGAAUAAGGAGAACAAGAAUACCUCCCCGCCUAUUGUAUGGGUCCAUGAUUAUCAACUGAUGUUGGCUGCUAACUGGAUUAGACAGACCGCUGAGGAAGAAGACUUGAAAUGUAAAUUAGCAUUCUUCUUACACAUUCCCUUCCCGCCCUGGGACAUCUUUAGACUUUUGCCCUGGUCGGACGAAGUGCUACAAGGAAUUCUGGGAUGUGACAUGGUCGGAUUCCACAUCACAGACUACUGCUUAAACUUCAUAGACUGUUGUCAGAGGAACCUGGGUUGCCGUGUCGACAGAAAAAACCUCCUCGUCGAAUUGGGAGGCAGAACCAUCUGUAUCCGACCACUGCCCAUCGGCGUGCCAUUCGACAGAUUCGUCAGCCUCGCGGAAAAGGCUAAACCAGUGCUCUCUACAAACCAAAAAAUCAUUCUCGGAGUCGACAGACUCGACUACACCAAAGGCUUAGUUCAUAGACUCAAAGCAUUUGAGAGGCUACUAGAGAAACACCCUGAGCACAUAGAGAAAAUUGUACUUCUCCAGAUCUCUGUGCCAUCUAGAACUGAUGUUAAAGAAUACCAAGACUUGAAGGAAGAGUUGGAUCAGUUGGUAGGAAGAAUCAAUGGAAGAUUCACUACACCUAACUGGUCUCCCAUACGUUACAUCUACGGCUGUGUGGGCCAGGAGGAACUAGCAGCCUUCUACCGGGAUUCGUCCGUGGCGCUGGUCACGCCGCUUCGUGACGGCAUGAACCUGGUAGCCAAGGAGUUCGUGGCGUGUCAGAUCAAGAAGCCGCCGGGCGUGCUCAUCCUGUCUCCCUUCGCCGGAGCCGGGGAGAUGAUGCACGAGGCCCUCAUCUGCAACCCUUACGAGCUCGAUGACGCAGCGGAAGUUAUUCAUAGAGCCCUAAUAAUGCCGGAGGACGAGCGCAUCGUCCGCAUGAACCACCUGCGGCGGCGCGAGCAGCUCAACGACGUGGACAGCUGGAUGAAGUCGUUUCUCAAGGCCAUGGACUCGCUGGAGGAGGAGGCUGACGACAUCGGAGCCACGUCCAUGCAGCCCGUGACCAUUGACGACUUCGACGAAUAUCUGUCCAAAUACAUAGGCUACACGCAGAAGCUAGCCCUACUCCUGGAUUACGACGGGACGCUAGCGCCCAUCGCUCCUCACCCGGACCUCGCCACCCUGCCGCUGGAGACCAAGCACACGCUGCAGAGACUGUCCAACAUGUCUGACGUCUACAUAGCUAUUGUGUCCGGGAGAAACGUGGAGAAUGUUAAGAAUAUGGUGGGCAUCGAGGGCAUCACGUACGCGGGCAACCACGGGCUGGAGAUCCUGCACCCUGACGGCAGCAAGUUCGUGCACCCCAUGCCCAUGGAGCUGCAGGACAAUGUUGUCAAACUGCUGAAGGCUCUGCAGGAACAGGUCUGCCGUGACGGUGCCUGGGUGGAGAACAAAGGGGCUCUCCUGACGUUCCACUUCCGAGAGACGCCGAUAGCCAAGCGCGCGGCGUUGGCAGACAAGGCGCGGGAGCUGAUCACUGCGUCAGGCUUCACGCCCGCCCCGGCACACUGCGCCAUCGAGGCCAGACCACCUGUGCAGUGGAACAAAGGUCGUGCGUCUAUUUACAUCCUGAGAACUGCGUUCGGACUGGACUGGAGUGAAAGAAUCAGGGUCAUCUAUGCUGGUGAUGACGUCACUGAUGAAGAUGCUAUGCAGGCGCUCAAAGGUAUGGCGGCAACUUUCCGCAUCGCGUCAGACACGAUCACCAAGACGUCUGCAGAGCGCCGUCUGUCCUCAACAGACUCAGUCUUGGCCAUGCUCAAGUGGAUCGAGAGGCACUUCUCCCGUCGCAAGCCGCGGGCUAACUCCCUCACGUACAAGAAUGCAAGGAAAGCCAGAGACACCCUGCAGAUGCAGAUGUCCUACCAGCUGCCCCUGAAGACCUCGCCCAGGCCUUCGCCUCCAAUGUCGCCAGAUAAAUCCUCUAGUGGAUCUGAGUCUUCGUAAGAUGGGAGUUUAGUGCGAGGUGAUUAGUAGUAGGGAUUUUACAGUCAUUGGCUGCAAAACCACACUAAGUUUAUAUGUACGCGGCCGAUCCGCCCCGCAUUGCAUUAUACCAAAUGAAUGUAGCGUUUUGUAAAAAUAUUUAUAGCAUUUUUUGGUCUUUUUAUGGUAGGCCAUUUUCAUUCCAGCGCCUUGGUUUCUCCCAAAGGGCCGUUUUUAGACUCUUACCUACACUUUUUACUUGAAGUGUCUGUUGGAUAAUUAUAAGUUUACAACAACUUGUACUGUUUAAUUAGUAGGAGUUUCGCAGACACUAGACUAAAUACUGUAAUCAGUAUUGGAAACUUCACUUCUUAUAAUUUUAGAUAAACAUAUUUUUAUCGAAAAAGGAUGCUUUGUAAAAGUGAAUCUGCACAACUAACUUUAACUAAAUGGUGCACUGAUAUAGUUUUGAAAUAACGAUUUAUGUAACAUAGAUGGAGCCAUGUAGCGGCUCUAAGUUGUAAGGUCUUGGAUUAAAAUCCCGGUAAAUACCAUCAUUUAUUGUCACCCUACUGGAGUGACUAUUAUAGUGCAGCUCAGCAAAUGCUUAAAGUAGAUGCAAAAAUAUGCAUGUUAAGUUUAGAGUUUACGUUUAGUUCUAGAUUACAUGUGAUUCUUUGUGAUGAAGGCAUAGGUUAUGUAAUAAUUAUAUAAAUAAAUACAAUUAAAAACAUAAUAUUUAUUUCAAAAGUGCUUGGCAUUGAUAUGAUCGUAUUCCAAAUCAACCUUAUUCUUUAUGUACUUAUGUGAAACUAUUUUGAUGUAUAUGAUUAUCUAUCUGUGUAAAACUAUUAAUAUAGUCAUGUAGUGUAUAGAUAAUUAGGUGACCCGGAAAAAUGUAAACCGAUAGCCACUAUCCAUAUCACAUUACUGAGUGCUAAAUAUGAUGUCUUUAUCUAUUUACAUACUUAUAUUUGAAUUUAAUAU